UCCUACCAUAUAUUUUUGUGCUAUCUAAGGGUGGUCAUAAAGCGAUAGAAAAUCUUGAGUUUGUACUUCCAUCCAUCUCUGGAAUCCCUCGCAAUAUCUUGAUUCCGUAAAAGAAUCGUCUUUCUUUAGCCAUGCAACUUCACUUCAUCAUAUUCAGUAUUUUGAUACUUCCGUGCCUUUUAGAGGCCAGACUGACAUCACGAGAAAAUCGCAAAGAUUUUGAAACUAUAGUAGCCAAAAACAAGCCAUUUCAUUUGUUUAGCCACCGGCGUGGUACAAAAUCCCCAGUAACUCGCCACAGAGGUGUAUUUUCACCAAAACAGCUCAAAAUUAGUCGCUCUAAUCCCUCGCAUAAAGUACUCUUCAUCCAUAGAGGCAGCCCAAGUUGUAAAUCAAAACAUCAUCUUCAAGAUCAUCCCCCUCAGUUUACACGCAAAAGUCCAUUCCUGAGCAAUGCUUGGUCUCCCCUCUCCAAAACAAGCCUCGCAAUUCGCAAAAGGACCGCCCGUGCCGAAGAACACGCUGCUGAACAUGAUGAAAAGUUGGACACCGCUAGCCAAACAAGAAAGGAGAAAAUAUCUGUUGAAGAUGAUAGUCCCAACAUCAGCACUGCCAUGGUGGACAUGAAGGAGCUUCUGCAGAAGCUGAUGGAGAAGGCGGAAUCAGAUGGCGAAUUGAACACCGUUGACGUCACGGCACCUCCUAGUGACGUCAUCAGUGCGCCCAGUGACGUCACCAACUUAUACGAUGCACCUUUACAAGAAUCACAACUGUCUUCAAAUGCAAGAGGAAAUAUACCAGCGAGUGACCUGAAGACAGUUCGAAAUCAGGUGACGUCAGACGUGCCACCGGUGACGUCAGAUCCGAUGACGUCACACCCACUGGACACGACCGCCGCCGCUGUCCCUCCCGUCUCCAAUCACCAUAUGGGAUUCAACCGUGGACCCUUACCGAACGUCCAACUUGGGAUGAAAGCCAGCGCCUUACCGCCCUCUUCAGAGGCUGCGAAAAGUACUGCGCAUGCGCCGGAUUCAACACCCGAACUUGACACGACGCCUUUCCGGCCUAUGAAACUGCCUGCGUCUGUGGCCUCCCCGCCUGCUGAAGUGCCCUCCAUUGAACCGGACAGUGAGGGAGGCUGGUCCGUCUCCCUGGCUGGAUUUGGAGGAGGAAGCCAGGACUUCACAAACUCCGAUAACUCCGUGAACAAACUCGUCAACUCCGCGGGCACCCCUGCGUCGGAUAACUCUUUACACUCCACUAACGCCGAUCAACAUGUUGAAGUCCUGGAUGGCAUUGAAGCCCCUGACGACGAUCCGGAGGACGGCAGCAACUGCACCUUCGAUCCCAUGGAGGAGGGAGAGCCUGUGGGACCUCAGAUGAGUCCCAGGAUGCAGCUACAGGCGAUGACACAGACGGUGGCACAGACGAUGUUGCAGAAUGCGGGAGUGCCGAGGGUGAACCCAAAGCCACAGCCGGUGACGGAGCUGGAACGACAACCGCUGCUGAAGCCAGAGCCGCAGCCACUUCCCGAUUCGGGGUCACGGGGCGCUGCUAUCACAGAUGGCGGAGGCCGAUUCUAUGAUGCCGUCGUCUGGGGUAUGUCCGCCCUGUCGCUGUGA